ACUAAUUGCUGAUUACAACCAUAUAAAAUGUUUACAAUUACCUAUGGGUCGAAUUAUGCGAGCGUCGAACAGCAGGGCUACCGCUAUAUUUAGAGCGACCCUGAGCACCAGCGACCGUGGUCACCGCUACACCGGUAAACAACAUUUUGAACAUGAAUUGAGAACAGGAGUUGAAUCAGUUGCUGCAGAUAUUGAGGAGAAUCUUCCAGUCAUUGAAAUAUAUUUCAUGAUAGUCGUGCAGAUUCAGAAGUUGUGAUGGUGUGUUGAUAGGCUGUCUUCAACUUGCCAUAUCUGAGAGUUCCAACAUGCAGGCCUGGAUUGAUGUGUAUAAAUCACCAAUGAAGUUACUUAGUGUUAUUUAGUUUUUAAAAAAAGAAUGACAUUUCAAUUUAUACACACUUGCCAAGUGAAUCUGAUGAGACUGCUACAUGUAUUUGUGAGUAAAGGCACUCUGUCUUAACUGAAAAACUAUUUACAGUUUAUCACAACAAAUGGAUGGGACAGUAGAGCUGUUGCGGACAAUAUGUGAUUGUGAUGACCAAGUACUGAACAAAUGGAAGAUUAGAAGAAGGUCCAGAAUUCAAUCAUGUUUUUGAUUCUAAGAAACGACCACAACAACGACGACGACAACGAUCACAACUCCAACAACAACCAUAACCACAAUCACAACUCCAACAACAACCACAACUCCAACCACAACUCCAACCACAACCACAACAACUCCAACAACAACCACGACUCCAACCACAACAACGACCACAACUCCAACCACAACAACGACCACAACUCCAACCACAACAACGACCACAACUCCAACCACAACAACCACAACUCCAACCACAACAACUCCAACAACAAUCACAACUCCAACAACAACUCCAACCACGACUCCAACCACAACAACGACCACAACUCCAACCACAACAACUCCAACAACAACCACAACAACUCCAACAACAACAACAACCAUAACUCUAACAACAACCACAACUCCAACAACAACAACCACAACAACUCCAUUAUCAACCACAACAACUCCAUUAUCAACCACAACAACUCCACUAUCAACCACAAUUAUAACAAGCACAACAAUUAAACUAAGAAGCACAACAACGAAACCAACAACACCCACAACUCCAACGACUUCUAUUACACCUAAACUCACAACAGCUAGUUCAACAUCCACGAAAGGAAAGACUACCACAGAAGCAACAACUUCUACAAAAGCAAGUACCUCUUCAUCAAAAACAGUAACCAACACAAAGGCAUCAACAACAAUGGAAAUACUUACAACAUAUAUUCAAUCUAACAGCACAACUGAAUCUUCAAAUUUAGCAACACCGCAAUCCUACAAGCCCGGUGACACAGCUGCGAAGUCUAUACCCGAGGAGACAUGGUUUACACCCGUCGUAGCAGUGUCGUGUGUUGUCGUGUGUGUUCUUGUUGCUUUCAUUCUACUGCGAUGUUGCAGGAAAAAACAUCAACAAAGGAAGGAUUCUUUCAAAGUGCAAAACAGGAAACAGGACAACAGCUCUAUAAAUCAUCGUUACAGUUCGAGAAAACACGAGCACGACCAUACAUACACUGACAUCGCCAAUGAAAAAGACAUGGACGUUAAUCAUUCAAAUCACAACGAAUACAAGGAAAAACCAUUAGACAACGAUCAAUUAUCCAAAAUGAGAGAUGACAUCAGUUACAUACCGAAUACUACAGCCGCUCCUUCUCGCAGGACUUCUACACCAUCCAUAUCUCCAUCACAAAUUACAAAACAUUACAACACUCCUCCUCGACCUCCACAGACAACAAAUUUGCCUGCGUUUAAUCACGACAUUAUAGGUGAUUCUUCAGGAGGAAGGGAACAAUAUUCUCCUUCGUUUUCGUCCACUGUAAACACGGAUCGUCGUCAUUCAUCUCCUCACCCACACAUAGAACUCCAAAAACCGCAUUAUCCACAGCACCUUCCGACAAUCCGAGAACGAGAGAAACUAAAUAUAAAUGCUCACGGUAGAGACCCCUACUAUUAUCAUCAUCAACGUCAUUACCGCGGAGAUGACCGUCGGCCUAGCGAAUCUUAUCCGUCAAGAAAAUACUGAUUGAACAUUUGAUUAUACUAGUAAUAGUUUUAGUAUAAUAGUGAACACACACACACACACACACACACGUGUUGUUAUGUAUACACCAAUAUUUUUUCAAUGAUAACUCUAUGCUACUUCGUUGUAUUCUAGUUCUCCAUUGAAACAGUCACACAUUUGUGUCAGCUUGUCAUAAAAUUCUUAUUUAAAUUACCUCUACAUUCAAUUGUAUGAUACCUCAUAGUACAAACCAGUCAGACAUUUAUUCUUUAAGAGAUAAUGAAAUAAAAUACAUAUUGUUCUGUACUAUCUAUUGACGUAAAUACAUGAACAAGAGGCCCAUGGCCCUCUAGGGCACAACGUAGAAAUUGCUCCGUGUUGAUGGUGCAUACAUGUGUCUUUAGAAUUCCGAGGACUAGAUUCCCUUA